UCCUCCUCCGCUACUCGCGUGGGCAGUGUCGUCCAUUAGAGACCUGUAGUAAAGACUUUGAGCUUCUUUCCCAGACACACACACACACACACACACAUUCUUUUAAAGGGGAAAAACAGGAGAAAGAGAGAGAGAGACACACACAAAUACCUGAGGACACACACAUCCAUCUAAAUACAUAUAUAUACACAUAUAUAAUAUAUAUAAAUAACAUAUAUGUGACCAACAACUUUUUUUUUUUUUGGGGAUGUGUUCAGCUCUUUAAAUGAAAAGAAUGAAUUCCUUGUGGCAGCCGUAACAAAAACUGCUUUUCUAUCCCCUCCACCGAUCACCAGAGAAGUUCAUAUGUUUCUUGCCGCCGCCAAACUGAACUUCCCAAUUCAAUCAAUCUCGGUUCGAACGUGUUUGAAGAAGGCACAUCUCCACACAUCUCUCCACCAAAAUGGUAGUUUGCAGAGGAAGAAGACACCACCUCCUCGCAUCAUCUUCUUGGUCUGAUAAUUCCUUGCUGUCUUCUGCAUCCUAGGACGAUUAGAUUCAGGCUUUUUUUUUUUUCCCUUCUUCUUCUUCUGCCCUCCUUCCCCCCCAAGUAUGAAUACAGACCAUGUGAAUUUUGGGGGGUUUUCAUUUACCCUUAUUUAAAAGCUGUGGACAUCUAUAUUCUUCUUUUUUCUUUCUUCCCUACCUUACCUUACCUUAAAAACUGGAUUUUUACAAGCACUGGAGACACAUUUCUCUUCAUUAAUUUCACACUUUAUAUAUUGAUCGUUGUUUUAUUAUUAUUAUUUCUUUUGGAAUCUUUCACCUCAAGGUUGGCUGCUCUACAAGGCCCCCGAAAUUCCUCCACAACACUUCUUUUUUACAUACACACAUACUACACAAAAAACAAGCCACAGAACAUCUCUCCAUAGCUUUUUUCUGCGAUAUAUAUAUAUAUACUCCAAACCAAACCACAAUUGCAUAUAAUAAUAAUAUUUUUGCCCCCCACCUUCAUCAGAGAUCCUUGAAAUUCACAAAACGGACAAGAAAUCCUUUUAUCGAAGUCCUGCCUCUGAUUGCUGAAUUUGUGAAUUUGAUUCUGGAAUUCCUCAACCGAACCCCCCCAAAAUGAAGUUUAUUCGAUGUAAUAAAGGUUUCUCUUGAUAUUCAGUGUAAGGGAUGGAAAUAUUUAUGUUGCCAACGAUGAGAAUCUAAGAAAAUAUUAAGAUGCAUUCCAGAAAAUUUGUUUCAUCAGAUCAAUGGAACGACACAAACCCUACAGACUUAAAGCAAUAUGACAGAGAUACGCUCUUGGGUUUGCAGAAUGCUUCUGCCUCCUUGAGCAGGCCUGAAAAUCUUCCAGAUCUACCUGAUGUUAUUUUGUCUGCACCUUUAACUACUGUUGCUCCUGGAGUAGGAAUACAAAGCAGUGGUAUGACGAUUGGUUUGGGAGGAGACAAAGGCAUAAAUACAGACUGGAGGAAUGGCAAUGACCCGUUUAUUCCAUUCUAUGUCAAGUCUGCACGAUCGUCUGUCGGUGGUGUUACAAAAAGAGGUAGUCAACAAGGGAAGAAAGAAGUGAAAAACAUUAUCAUUCAAAUUCCAAAAGAAGUGAAGCUAAAGACCUGUGAGAAUGCCUGGUUGCCGUCAGCAAAGAAACCGCAAAAUACAGUCGACGAUAGUGGUGGUGUUGAUGCUAUUGUGAAGAGAGUGCGAAGUAUACUUAAUAAACUCACUCCUCAGAACUUUGAAACAUUAGUAGAUCAGAUGGAAUUAAUUCUUAUUGAUACUGAAGACAAACUUGGUGCUGUAACAGACCUUGUCUUUGAAAAGGCUGUUUUGGAGCCAAAUUACAGUUCAGCUUAUGCCAAAUUCUGUACAUUUUUAAUGAUGCUGAAAGUGCCUUCCAAAAAUAAUCCUGAAAAGAAUGUCGACUUCCAUAGCUUGCUAUUAACAAAAUGCCGGCAACAAUUUGAAAAGGAUAAUGAAAGUGAACAGAACAUUCUUGAUUUGAAAGAAAAAAUAGAAGCAGCAAAUGAGGAGGAAAAGAAAGUAUUGUUGGAGGAUCUUGAUACAGUUAUGUUUAUAUCUAGACGUAAAUCAGUUGGAAACAUUAGGUUUAUUGGAGAAUUGUUUAAAAUGAAUAUGGUGAAAUUAGACAUAAUGCAUGGUUGUCUGGAAAGGUUGUCAUCAUCUACAGACGAAGAGAAACUAGAAUGUAUGUGUAAAUUGUUAUCAACGGUUGGAAAAGUGAUAGAGAGUAAAGCGAAGAAUGAGGAAAUGAAUCGUUACUUCAAAGACAUAAGAGCAAUUGUUGGAGCCCGGGAAACAUCCUCUCGCAUUCGAUUUAUGCUUUUGGAUCUUAUUGAUCUACGCAAAAACAAAUGGGUUCCCCGGCAUGCAGAGAAAGGCCCCAAGACCUUGAAAGAACUUCACCAGGACAUAGAGAACGAAGAGAUUGAACACCGGUUGAAGAUGGACGCUGCUGCUGCCAACCAGCAUCAACUGUCAUCAUAUUCUUCUCAACGGAAUCGAGGGGGGCGUGCUGGCUCAAUGGGACCUCUCACACCACCACAGGCUAACGACAGUGAUGGCUGGAAUACAGUUGGAGGAGGACGAACUCUUAGGGCACCAAUCGACCCUAGCAAAAUGUGGUUGCCUAAGAGUAAGAAUGAUGACAGUAUACAGUUGUGUCCAAGUGUUGGUUCUAACAAAUUCGGUAUGUGGGGCCGUGGUAGUACGGGGGGAGGCAGCAGCCGUGGUUCAAAUAAUCAACAGAACGACAGACUCACAACAACACCAACUAAUAGGUUCUCGGCUUUGUGCGGUGAUGAUGAAGAUUUAUUUAAUAUGAUUGGAAGUAGUGGUCAAGAAAACAGGCCAGAAAUGUUUGCUCGUGGAGGCAUGGGUAAUCGCCGAAGUGGAUCACGUUCUGGUGUAGGACCUUCACCUGGUCAAUCUGGCCGCAAUCAAUUUAGUGGUUUUCGUGGAAAGACAUUGCCUCGCAGAUUUUCGCAAGAGGACAGAAAUGUUCAGAGACGUGGCUCAAAUGAUAAUCUCACUCCUUUAAGAGGUCAGACUCGUGAGGACAGUCGGUCUCGGAAAAUCCGCAGUCGAGAAAAUAGCAGAAAUCGCAGUAUGCACACUCCAAUUGGCAGUCGAGAAAGCAGUCAGAAUCGGCAGUCUGUACUUCAUUCGAGAGAGAACUCUCGGGAUUCGAAAAUGGCAAGUUGUGAAAAUGGCAUGUUUCAAGAGAAUAAACCAUUAAAUUAUGAUACCAGCAAUUCUACUUCAGACUACCCCACAAAGCAUGAGAAAAUAGAGUUGGCAGCAGCACAGAGUAAACCCAUUAGUGAAGCUGAGGUGAAGAAGAAGACCAUGUUUAUUAUUGAUGGUUACUUAAAUAACAAAGAUCUUGAGGAAGUGGUGGUAUCUCUCUCUAAAUUGAAAUCCUCAAGUAAUCUCCAAGUGUUCAUAUCAUCUGCUAUCAGUCAUGUACUUGAUUUAACACAACCGGCUCGAACACACACUGGCUCCCUAAUCUAUCACCUCAUGGAUAAUAAAACAAUUUCUAAAUCUGAUUUCUUAAAUGGCAUGAACAAUGUUUUGGAAUAUGCUGAAGAUCUGGAGAUUGAUGUACCAAGAAUAUGGACAUAUUUUGCUCAAUUAAUUUCUUCCUUGCUGGGCGAGGGAAGACUACCUUGGACAAUUUUAAAAGAGAUUGUCGAGCCCUUAAAAACUACAAAUAAAGGAGGCGUUUUCAUUGCUGAAAUACUCAAAGAACUCGUCACUCGAAUGGGUGAACAAAAAGUACAAGAACUCUGGAAAUCAUUUGAUUUAAAACUUUCUGAUUUCUACAAGGCUGAAGAUAUGUCCAAGUUUAUUUCAGACCAUAAAUUGGAAUUCAUGUUUGACAAAGAUAAUCCUGACUGUUUGUUAAAUGAUUUUGAGAACAAGUUACAUAAUUUGCUUGAAACCUGCAAUUUAAAUAACAAACCUAUUUUUGAUCUUAUUGAGGAACUUCAGCAACCUCUUAUAGAGACGGAGGAAUUCAUCAGGAUUCUUAUGACUGAAAUUUGCUCAAGUGCAAUUGUCGAGAGUAAAGUUUCGAAGAGUAAAAUAAAAACAAGAUGUGAAGUCUUGCUGAAAUAUCUUGGCCAAAAGCCUAACCUGCAGUUACAGGCCCUCUAUUCAUUGCAAGCUCUGGACGUCAAGUUGGUGCAUCCACCUAGUGUUUUGAGAAUGAUGUUUGAAACCUUGUAUGACGAAGAUGUAAUAGCGGAGGAUGCCUACUUCCAGUGGGAGAAAAGCGAAGAUUCACCUGGCAAAGGUGUUGCUUUGAAACAGGUUGCAGCGUUCCUCACCUGGUUGCAUGAAGCUGAAGAGGAUGAUGAUUGAAAAAAAUGAAAGAAAGAAAGAAAGAAAGAAAAAAAACAAACAGAAAACAAAUAAACAAAGAAAAACAGCACACACACACAAAAAGGGAAAGUCUUAUGCCUUUUUCUUAAGUGAAUAAGGCUGAAACUGGAUCACAUACCUUGAUACCUCUUUGAUUUCUUCAAGCAGAUCAGUUCCUGUUUUGUCACCAGUUGCUGAUGAUACUGUUAAUACUGCUAUUACUGCUAUACUCUCCAGGAAUAGGGUUUUUUUGGGGUUUUUUCUUCAAUAUUUGUGCUGUAUUGCAUCACUACAAGCCUAUAUUACCCUUCCGUUUUAGAACAGUCACAGAAUAAGGAUUAAAAUGAAAAAGAAAAAAAGGGAAAUGUGUUUGACUCUUGUUUCACAUCAAGUGUAUCUGUGCAUGUGUGUGUUUGUGUGUUGUGUAUAUGUGUGUGUUUGUGUGUUGUUUUUAAACAUGUAAGCAUACACGUGAAAUAUCAGAUUUGCUCCAAUUUUAAUGGAAUUUUUCUUAUUUACCUUUUUUUAUGACAAUUAAAACAGUUUUCUAAAGUUUCAAAAUAUAAAAAUGGAAACAGAAAUUUAGUAUGUCAUAUAUUGGAGUCUUUCAUUGCAGAUGCAUACACACACAUUUUAUAUAUGUGUAUAUAUAUAUAUACAUACAUACAUACAUACAUACAUACACACACCCUCACACAUGUGUUUGUGUGUAUAUAUAUGUAUUUGUGUGUGUAUGAAAUAGAUUUCUCUAAUGAUAUUCUAUCUGAAUUUUGAAGCAAAUUAUCAAAGUUUGUAUGCCAUGGAUUUACAAAAUUUCUUCACCUUUUAAAAAUUAUUUAAACCCAAGUUAAAUGUGGUCUCUAAUUUUUAUUCCUGAAAACAAAAGUUGAUUUAACACAUACACAUGCACACACACACACACAUAUUGGAAUUAAUUUGUUUCUUUCUUGUAUUGUAAAAGUAAUUAAGUUGAAACUGAGAAAAAGUAAUGAUUGUGAAGUAAUGAUUGUAUUAAUUCAGAUUAAAUGCAAUUUGAAAAAAAAAAAAAAUUUUUUUUUUUCGAGGACUGUAAAUGAAUAACAAUUUUUAGUAUUUUCUCUCAAGAAUCUGAAAUGUGCACCUUCCUGCAUCUAUUGGUGCUAAAUUACAUUUGCACAUGCUAUUUCUGAUGGACACAAAACAAAAGUUUUUUUUUUAAAAAAAAAAUAUAUAUAUAUAUAUAGUCAAAUUAAUUAAAACUUGGCUUUUCUUCCAAUAUUUGGAAAGUUAAGGGACAAAAGAAUAUUGAAAAAUAAAACAAAUGCAUGUUCAUAUUUGUGAUGUGUUUUGUGUUACGGUGUGCAAACAUGGCAACCACUGUAUUAUAUAUAUAUCUAUAUAUAUAUAUAUGUAUAUAUAUAUAUAUUAUAUAUAUAUAUAUAUAUAUAUAUAUAUAUUAUAUGCAUGUGUUCACGAACCCACCAAUAGAUAUUUAAUGUGAUAAAUUGACUCACUGUACAGUGUUUGACAUUUUUAUUGUUUGUAUUUUCUCAAACUAUUUUCUAGUGUUGAAAUCGGAUACCAUAGCUUCCCCCACCCCCUCUCCCCAUCCUCCAACAUGUUCUCUUGCAAUGUAAAAGCUACUUGGAGGUUUAAAAGUACAACACCCCUCUGGUGGACAGAGCACAUUUUAUAUUGUAAAAUUUAGAUAUUAAAUGUAUCGCUAUAUUUUUAAAUGGCAAUUCUUAAAACAUUUUUAAAAAGCACACAGUUGAAUUUUAGAAGAGUGGAAGAAAAGAAAAAAACAACAAAAACGAUGUUUUUUUUUUCCCUUUUGUUUUUUGUUUAAAUUAGUGGGAAUUAUUCAAUUGUUGAUAGGAAGUUUGAAAAAUAGACCAAUGUUUUAAAUUAUUGAUUGUGCCAGCAGACAUCUGGUUGUUCAAACACAAUUUACACUUUAAAAAAAAUUCCACAUUUUGGCUACUUCACAAGAGCUUUUUUUUUUUUUUCCAAUAAAUAACCCCGCCCCCCUGUAUAUCUAACUUAUUUUGCUAAAGCACUUUCAAUGAUGAACUCUAUGUAUUUACACACACACACAUAUAACAUACAUACACUUUAUAAAAGAAAACUAUUUCUUCCCCUUGCUGGUGACUGGUUUAAUUUUGUUUUUUUUUAUUUUUUAUAUAUUUGUUUAAACCAGUUCCUAGACUUAGUGUUUUUUCAACCCCUUCAAAAAACAAAAAAAAAAAAAACAAAAAAAAAAAAAACUGAAAAGAAAACAAAAAAAAAAGACAUUGUGAUUGUGGGGUGUGCUGGAACACCACUUA